AUGGGGCCUGGACAUGGGGGGGACCCCAAAUUACGGGUCCAGGACCCCAAACUCGUUUCCCCCGGGGUCAGUGGAGCAGAGGUAAUUGUGGGGGUGGGGGCGGGGGAUAAAGGGGACCCCCCCUCCCCCCGCUGUCCCGGAGCCGAACCGGGCCGGGAUGGAGCAGCGGGAGCGGCUGCGGCUGCUGCUGGUGCUGGGAGCGGCGCUCGGGGGUACGGGGGAGGGGGACGGGGGGGGGGGGGGGCGGGGGAUGGGGGGGUCCCGUGGGUGGGUCUGGGGUGUUAUGGGGCUCUAUGGGGUGGUUAUGGGGUGGUUAUGGGGGGCUAUGGGGUGGUUAUGGGGCUCUAUGUGGUGGUUAUGGGAUGGUUAUGGGGGGGCUAUGGGGUGGUUAUGGGGGUUAUGGGGCUCUAUGGGGUGGUUAUGGGAUGGUUAUGGGGGCUAUGGGGCUCCCAUGGGUUCUAUGGGGUGCAGUGGGGGUCCAUGGGCGCUAUGGGGCUCUAUGGGGUGGUUAUGGGGUGGUUAUGGGGGAUAUGGGGUACUAUGGGGGUCCCGUGGGUGGGUCUGGGGUGUUAUGGGGCUCUAUGGGGUGGUUAUGGGGGGCUAUGGGGCUCUAUGGGUGGUUAUGGGAUGGUUAUGGGGGCCUAUGGGGCUAUGGGAUGGUUAUGGGUGCUAUGGGGUGGUUAUGGGGCUCUAUGGGGUGGUUAUGGGGUGGUUAUGGGGGAUAUGGGGCUCUAUGGGGUGGUUAUGGGGGCUAUGGGGCUCUAUGGGGUGGUUAUGGGGCUCUAUGGGAUGGUUAUGGGGUGGUUAUGGGGUGCUAUGGGGCUCUAUGGGUGGUCUAUGGGGCUCUAUGGGGGGGUUAUGGGGCUCUAUGGGAUGGUUAUGGGGUGGUUAUGGGGUGCUAUGGGGCUCUAUGGGGUGGUUAUGGGAUGGUUAUGGGGGCUAUGGGGUGCUAUGGGGCUCUAUGGGGUGGUUAUGGGAUCCAUAGGGGUUAUGGGGGUUAUGGGGGGGCUAUGGGUGCUAUAG